AUGGCAUCCGUGACAGAGAGGGAGAAGCGUUCAUCCAUGUAUACGGGUAAGAGAGUCUAGCUAGCUACAUCUUCAGAUAUUAUACGUUUCUAAUUUUGUCAUUGUCGUUUUCAUUGCAAAUUAAAGCAUACUGUUAGCUAACUAGCUAAUGUUAGCUGGCUGGCUCGCUAGCUAACGUUACGUGUAUGAUCUGUCUAGUAAUAUUAUUCAUAUCUCAGACCAUUUACAUUGCUAGUUAUAGCCUAAUGUUAGCUAGCUAAUAUUGAACCUAGUUGGUUAGCGUUUAGCUGCUACCUGUAGAUACAUGUAGGGCAGUAACGUUAUGAGUUGGGAUUAUUUAGAGGUCAUUGUUUAGCUAGCUAGUUAGCUACAUGUCUAAACAAAAGGCUCCACUAUGCAAGUAACCAUUUCACUGUACCGUUUACACCUUCUGUAUCUUGUGCAUGUGACAAAUAAACCUUGAUUUUAUUUUAUAUAGUGUGUGUUUACCAGAGACUGUAAUGUGAAGAACAACAUGACCUGCACCAAAGUCAAAUUAGGAUAUAACGUUAGGCUAACGAGACAGUGUCCAAAUUCUAAAUUCUCCGGUAGAAUCCCUGCUUUUACACUACAAGCGUAAGCUAUUUUCUGUAAUUAGCUCGCCAAUAACUUGUAAAUAAUGAUCUUGUUGUUAGUUUAUUUUCCUGUAAUAAUGAAUGACAACUGUAUACAGAUAUGUAGAUAGACAUAGUAUAAACCAGCCUUUAGUCUUAAUCUUUGGUUGUUUAGUACACAACUGUACUCACUGUUUAGCACAUUGCCUCACGUGAAUCCUUAAAGAGAUGGGUGGGGCUAAGGCUUAAGAGGAUGUGAACGAUGCUGAAUGGGUGUAGACAAAGAUUAGCUCGCCAGUAGGUGUACCAAAUCAUUCAAGGGCCAUUUUCUCAAAAGUGGGUUAGGGUUAGGAAAUGGUGUUUUUACUUUCCCAUUGAUCCUCAACUGUAGUGUAUGAUAUACCAUUUUCUAGCUCUGAGUCUCUACUUUUAUUCAAUCUAAGAAAACACAAUUUCAAAUGUUGCUACAUAAGACCGAGCCGGUCGGUCACAUGUGAAAAUGGCGCAUUUCUAUGUUUUGUAGUAAAACAGAUAAAGGAUGAUGUGUUUCCAAUGACAUCAUCAACCAAUUAGUAGGCAAUGCCUAAUCAUAAUUGGUUAAAAUCACAUGCACACCGAUGAUGUCAUUGGAAACACUUAUCUUGCUCAAUAUUAUUUUACACAAAACAUAAACACUCAAUUUUCACAUAUGUUGAUGUUGGAGUGGUGCUGGAGAUGAUGAAUAUGAAGUUGAACAAUUUAGAAAUGUAAAUGUGGGUGUACAGGCACACCUCCACAAGCAAAUAGUGGAUUGAAAAAGGGAGAGUUGUAAAUUGUCAGAGGACCCGGAAAUCCGUAGAAGUCAAAGACUAAAACUCUCGUCUUGUGCUUGAUUUCUGCAGAGUUGAAUUUAUGUGGAAACUUUACAAUUUCCACAAAUUGUUUUUAGCAGUCUAUUCCUAGCAGCAACAAUAAAAUACACCAGAUAUUCACAGGCAGUCUAGUCUACCUCAAAAGGGAAAUAAAGGGACUGUCAUCAAGGUGUCUAAUGACUGUGUGUCUGUGCGUGUGCCUGUGAUAAGUGUGCACAUACCUGUGUGUGCGUGCAUGUCUUGUCAGGAUUGAGCACAUUUUGUUAUUCCCAACACCUCUCUCUCCUCCACGGAGGAUGAACACUUGACACAGACUGUCUACCCUCAAGUGUGCCACACCCCACCCCUCUCUGUCCCUUUUUCCAUGUACCCAAGUCGCCCCUCUCCCCAUUCCACCCCUUUGUCUGUCCUUCUGCUCUCUGUGCCCUGUCUAUAGUGUAUACCUUCAGUGUCCCAUGCUUCAGUGCCCAGGAUCCUGCCAGUCAAGCUAAAGUUCCUUUGUCUGAGCCCCCCCCCCCCCCCCCCCGCCCUCCCUCUCCGCCUCCAUCUCUGUGAAUCUAAUUAGCUGAUAUGCUAAUAGUUCCUCUGCUAGCGAUUGGCGGCAGGGCUAACUAACUGGCCCAAUAGUCUGUAGUGGAGCCAAGCGGGAGCCGGGAUUAACCCUGGUAUCUCUUCCCCCCGCUGAGGCCUCGCAGGGUCCCUCCAAAUGAAAGCUGUAAUUAAGGGGCACGAGUAAAUGUAAUUACUCCUGAUGACUGCUAUAGAGAGUGUGUGUGUGUGUGUGUGUGUGUGUGUGUGUGUGUGUGUGUGUGUGUGUGUGUGUGUGUGUGUGUCAGACACUGUGUAUCCGUGAGUGUGUGUGUGUGUGUAGUGUGCGACUGUAUCUGUGUGUGUUCAUAUGGGAACUGUCCUCAUGAGGAAAGACAUAACUGCCACUGCUGCGGUUGGGCAGUGAUCAAGAUAACACUGUUGUGUUGUGACAGGGAGUAAUGUGUUAAUGUCUCCAUAUCAUCAUGCCAGGCACAACGGCAUCAUGAGACGUUAAAAUGGAAAUUGAUGUUGCUAUGAAUCUAAGAGAUUGUGGAGGUGUUCAGAAACUGAUGGUUACCUGGCUUGCAGAUCGUCAUUAAGCUUUAGGGCAUGUUAUUUGCAUGAGUAAUUAAAGCAACCCUCCAUCCCCUUAAAAUGCUUCUUAUUUUUGUGGAGGAAGGGUUGUGUCUGAAAUGGUCCUCUAUUUCCUAUAUGGUGCACUUCUUUUGACCAGGGCCCAUAGGGCUCUGGUCAAGUAGUGUACUAUUUAGGGGAUAGAGUGCCAUUUUGGAUGCAGACAAUGUCUAUAAAUUACCCCAACCAACAGAAAAGUUUAGAGCAACCCUCCCUCCCCUUAAAGUUAUUUUAAUUUUAGUCCUGACUAUGCUUUCUCAGUGCUGAGCAACACAACAAAACCAUGUCUGCUUCCCAAGUAGCACCAUUUUCCCUAUAUAGUGCACCUUUUUUUACACCAGAACCCUAUGGGCAUUGGUCAGAAGUAGUCGAACUAUGUAGGGAAUAGGGUGCAAUUUGGGAUGCAUUCUAGGGCCUUUUCAGCAUCUCCCUGUAUGUAACUUCUCCUCUGUCCCGUUUUGGAAAAACAUCAUUUCCCCCCCAGAAUUGUUAUGUUUAAUUGUGACAUUACAGUAAGAAAUGAAAGGGGGAGAUAGAUUAGAGUGAAGUAAAGAGGAAGAAGGCGGAUGCGGGACUGAACCCCUGCCACUACGAGCCAUAUGUAGCCUAGUCAGUGGUUUGAAACCACUACCACUAGACCAGAUCCUGGGACUGAAAUAGUUUUCAAGUGCUAUGUGGGAAAAACACUGCUUUUGUAUAAUAUUAAUUUCAUACACUUGGGACCCGUAGAGUGGAAAGCUGGAAAUGAUGCUCCAGGUUUUAAAAAGUGCCUCCUUGCUCUUAUGUGGGCAAACCACUCCUGUCAGUUCUUCUCUUUCACUUGGGACUUGAAGAGUGGCGAGAAAGAGAUACUACACUAAAGCUUGCUUUAUGUUAAUCUGUGUUGCGUCAUUAGCCAACGGCCAGAAGUGUGAUGCGCGCAUUCUGCUCUUAGUCAUCACACAGUUCUUUAAUUUCUCAAAUGGUUUCUUCAGAUACGUAGGACUUGGCCAUGGUUACACCUGAUCUGUAGAAGUUUGUGGUAGCCUAGGUCAUGGGUUCAUUUCACUUCAGGGAUCUCAUACACAAACAAAAAAUGUAGGCCUAUACACUCACUGUACUGUAAGUUGCUUUGGAUAAAAGCUUCUACUAAGUAGCUAUUAGAUGAGUUUUCAAGUUCCCUGCACUCCUCUAAGCUACUGCUGUCCCCUUGUCUCUGUCUCUCUCUCUCUCCCUCUCUCAGAGGGGUAGAGGUGUGCCUGCAGGCAGAUGGCUGGAUGGCUGAGAGUGACCAUGAAGCAGGAGAAGGACCUCAACGCAGCCGUAUUAACAGACACAGCCUGGUAGGUAACACACGUACACACACACGCAUCCCUGCAAGCAAGGAACAAAACAAAAUGGAGGCAAUUAACCUGCUAAAUCUAAAACUCUGGAGAGUAAAAAUUUAUAGCAGAAAACAAUUGAGUGGAUUGGUUCACUCCGUAGAGGGGCCUUCUGGCACCUGAAUACACAGCAACUAAACUGACGAGUUAUUGUAAAAAAGCUGCAGUGAUGGAGUAUGACUCUUGGCUUGAAAAGCAAUGUCAUUACAAUGCUGCCCCAAUAUAAUAGAAUAGAGUAGAAUUGAAUUGAAUAUAGUAGAAUAGAAUGCAAUAUCAGUAAGGGAUAAACACCAACAUUCUGUACAUUACCUUGGAAAUAAUGGACGACGCAGCGGAGUCCUUUUUUCCAAGGUAAUGUACAGAAUGUCGCCGUUUAUCCCACUUAUACCACAGUUGCCAAAGAAAACAAUAUGAAAGCACACAUUUACUGGUAUAAAUAUAUAUAUAUAUAUAUUUUUUGUUGAUAUUUUCGUUUUUAUAAGCAAAUUCAUACUUUCACAUCUUUUGGUUGUUAGCGACACAACCCAGUCAUUCGUUCGAUUAGUUCGAUAUUUAUGGAUGUGACCCAGCCGUUCGUUCUUUAUGUUCCAUUACCAUGCUCUCUGGCAACUUUCUUAUCCCUUACUUGCUAUCUAGCCGGCUAGCUAUGGCUAACACAGUCAUGACCUCUGCAGCCAGAAUAACAGCAAAGGAGCUGUUUUCAUAUUGACAUUCAUUUGGAUACAUCCAUAACAAUGAGCUGAUAAUGCCCGAUUUUGCCUGGCAUAGCUAGAAAAGUUUGCCUUUUCGUCAGGACACUUGUCAACACUGACUGUUAAUUACGAGGAGAUUGCAUUGCAUAUCAAACACUAGGCUAGAAGCUAUAGUUUGUUGUUAGCAAACCUGCCAAUAUGACAACCGAAUUCAAAAAUAUCAGUUGCUGAAAACAGCUGGUCAAACUAGAAACAUACAGGAGAAUUUGAAAGUCAUGUUCAUCACUCACCAUGUCAGAUGCUCCAAAAAUUUUUUUGCUGCAAAAACAAAUCAAUGCUAGCUAGUUAAGUUAUUUCCUCGCUGGACCUUUCGUUUACAAUGUAUCCAAUUUUGGUUUGUGUGGUUGUUGGUUUAGCUUUAGUAUGGUCUGCAUGUGUAGGGGCAUUUUGUGUCAUGAUUGCAAGGUGUCCCGAUAUCUUUUCCAACUGUUCCGAUAUCUGGUUUUAAUGUCCAUCCUAGAAUGCCAUUCUAGCCAAUCAGAAGAGAGUAUUCAACAAUUCUGUGGUAUAAUAGAGUAGAAUGCAAUAGAGUAGAAUGGAACAGAAUGAAAGCUGCCCCGUUGUUGCGGUUAUGUAAGAAUUGAAAGGUCCUGGCUAUGAUUUUUGCAUUGAUUCAUCAUCAUUUAAACUCAUUACAGAACAAGGAGAAAUUAUCUCUCUGUUGUGCAGACACUUUGUUCAGACACUAGGCUAUUCUUAGUGGGACUCAUUUAAUCCUGAGGCACUAGAAUGGUUAGUAUCGUUUAGGAUCCAGGAAGAAGAUACAGAUCUCUCUUCUCUCUGUUCUCUUUAUUCUCCCUCUGUAUGUGCAGGGCUUUGAUUAAUUUGUAAGGGCUUGCCUACCGUAAUUUACAAGAUUGAUGAAACAAAUGAAACCGCCUCACUUCUCCUUGUUAGAAGAAGAAUAAUACUUUGUUUCAUUUUCCUUACAGUCCACAGAAAUGUGUUUUUGUCUCAAUAACCCAUGUUUUAUUUGACUUUUGACGUUAAAGCCUUCUCUCGUUUCUCUCCCAUCUUCCUAUUCUACUGUAUUUGACUCUACUACAUGAUUCUAUUUGACUGUUCUCUACUCUGCUCUUUUUUACAAUAUUUUAUUCUACUCUACUCUAUUGUACUCUACUGUCCUCCACUCUUCUCUACCCCAGCUGCCCCCACUGUUCGAUGGUUGUUUCUUCUACCUCAUGAGCUCCUCCAGCUGGUGAGAGAGGAAGGGGGCCAGAUACUGGCCCGACAGCCCAAACCAGACAGUGAUGUGACCCAGACCCUGUCUGCUGCAGCCUACCACGCCCCGCCUGGCUCGUACCAGGCCCUGUGUACCCAGUACAUCAUCUAUGAUCCCCUGGGCCCCUACAGGCCCCCCAGGGUGAGGUUAGGAAAGGUGUGGUCAGCUCUGUCUAUAUGGGUUGUAAAAUGUAUAUCGGCCUUCCAGCUACUGUCAGUGCCUGAGCCAUAG